ACCACUUUACAUCAUUUUGUAAACUUUGCCUUCUGUACAAUUCAAAUAAAAAGCGACACUUUUACCACUUGUUCGAAGUCUAUAAAAUGAACGCAUUGACAAGACGCUUGUCCAUGAUGAAUCCUACAUUUGCAAGAAGAAGUUGCAGUUCAAAAUCAAGUACACUGAUUGUUAAGAAAGAGGGUCAUAUAACGACGUUUGGAAUCAACAGACCAGAAAAACGUAAUUGCAUCAACAGUUUAACUGCACAAAAACUCAAAGAUGCAAUCAAGGAGUUCGAGAAUGACAGUAAUGCUUAUGUUGGUGUUUUGUAUGGGCUUGGUGGUAAUUUCUGUGCUGGUUAUGAUUUAAGUGAAUUAUCACAAGGAGGUACAGGAAAUGAGAUUUUUAAUAAGCCAACUGGAUAUAUGGGACCAACAUUAAGGCACAUCAAAAAACCCAUGGUAGCUGCAGUCAGUGGAUAUGCAGUGGCUGGUGGCCUUGAAUUAGCUUUAAUGUGUGAUUUGAGAGUUGUAGAAGACAAUGCUGUGAUGGGUGUUUACUGCAGAAGGUUUGGUGUGCCAUUGAUCGAUGGUGGCACUGUUAGGCUGCAAGCUUAUGUCGGACUUUCAAGAGCAAUGGAUUAUAUUUUAACUGGCAGAUCAAUACCAGCCAAGGAAGCAUUUGAAGUAGGAAUUGCUAAUAGGAUUGUGGCAGUGGGCACAAGUUAUGGUCAGGCAAUUAAUUUAGCAACAUCAUUGAUUAAAUUUCCACAAAAAUGCAUGAAUGCAGAUCGUGCAUCUGCAUACAACUCUGCAUAUUGCAAAGUGUAUGAUGAUCUAUUAAAAUAUGAGACUGAACAUGGUAUUCCCAUUCUGACAGAGGAAUCAGUGCAAGGUGCGCAAAGAUUUGUUUCAGGUGUUGGGAGACAUGGAAAGUUUCAUAAUUUAACUGAAAAAGUAAAACCAGAAUGGGAAAAAGAUGAGAAUAAGCUACAGAAUAAAUUGUAAAAAUAUUGAAA